AUGAGCCUCGUUCCUCUCCUCCUCCUCCUUCCCCUUGCCCUUAUCCUGGUCAUGGCUCCCCUGCAUGCCGCAUCCUGGGAUGACACAAGCGUCUCCCUGUUGGAGGAGGACGUUGUGCCCUACUACUCAGGAGUCUUGGGACGAGGAGGAUGGCAGGAGUGGACGGGGGCAAGAAGCCCUGUAUGGAAUGCUCCUGAUGAACUCCCAGUAAGGCCACAGGAGCCGGAGCCGGAGGACGAGGUCAGGAGCUACAUUUCAAGAGACUACGUCGCCCCCACCGGAGGAGCUGACAUCACCCACGUUGGUGAAGGGACGGAACGCGUGAGGGCUGGUUUAGAGGGAGCAUGGGGAGGAAUCUCGUCCAUCACUUCCCCGGUGGGUGGGGGGGUAGGAGGGAACGAGAUGGGGGGGAGGGCUGGCUACGAGACUUGGACGCACGAGGGUGGCGGACUUGCUGGCGCUGUCAGAGCAAGUUCGAUCGCGAUCAAGCCCGUUGCAGACCAGUAUGGCACCGACGGCUCGCUGGAGCAGGGGAACUUCCCCGGUGUGAACCCCAACGAUCCCGACGGCACCAGCUGGAUGAUCGGGAUGCACAGGGACGGUGAGAACACCGUUGGACGAUGGGCGAUCGCUCCGAGGACGCGACUUGCGCGCAAGCAGCAGCUGCUGGAGACGGGAGCAGACGUUACUGAUGUCGGUGAGACCACGAGGGAGGACUACGUCCCUGGCGUGUACGGCCCGCUGAGCAGCGGGACGAGCUGGGUGAUCGGCAUGCACAGGAAGCCCAUGUGGAGCGAGUCUCAGACGUACGCGUGCAGCACCACGACGCCAUGCAAGAAGGGCAAGGCGGAUAGGGCUCAUUUCUUCCAGCAGGACACGAACCCUUACGUUGAUAAGAGGAGGGUCUUCGACUCUUACGCCCAGCAGGACCCCGACAGCGUCAGGGGGAGGGACGCGUAUCCUUGGGACCCAACGCUCGACCCGCAGAUCUUCCGGUCCACUCCCAACUGUGCGGAUGGGAAGCUGCGGUACGGAUGCUUCCGGCAGCUGAGCCUGUCCAAGGACGCGCCUCCCAUCCCCGAGGAAGAGACUGUGAAGGACAUGGAGCAGUUUGCUGCUGAGCAGGCGGCUAAGAAGGAUCAGCCUCCUCUCGGGGAUCGAUCCAAGUGGCCCAUGUGGAGCGACGAGUCCAUGGCCAACUGGCCCGCGUGGGCGAAACCGCCAGGCAGUCCGGACGACGAGACCCCGUGGGACCAAGACCUGCUGAACGAGGACCUGCUGAGUGAGGACAGCAGCUCCAGCUCAGCUGGGGAGAGCAGUGGAGCAGGUCAGGACAGCAGCUCCAGCUCAGCUGGAGAGGGUAGUGGAGACUUGGAGUGA